AUGAGUGUCGCAGCAGAAGAUACCGGUAUAGACCAAGCUGAAACAGAUGUUUCUGAGAAGAAGGUACGGCUGAAUGAGCUUCGGAUACGCUCUGUCCGACAAUUGAUUGAGACCUUCAAAAGCAACACCGAUACGCUUGAAGAAUACGUUAAAAGGAACCCCGAUGUCUACAUCCCAAGUUUUUGGUCGUUGGUUGGUGGAGAUUUCGAGGAAUGCUGUCAGACCCAAGAGAAUGACCACAAUUGCACUGAGACCUUGGCAGACGGGGAAGAAACACUCAAUUUGACGCAAAGGGAAGUCCAAGGUUCAAAGACAGACCUCACGCCAGGCGGGAUCUCCAUCACUUUGACGAACACCGACCCUAUUUUUGAGAGCCUUGAUGAUUUAGACGACCUCGCAAGCUUCAAUGAUAAACGCUCCGAGACGCCAGCAAGAUGGGUCUGCACUGCGGCUGCUCGAGAUCGAGUCGUCGAGGAGGAGCGCCAAGAGUCCAUCGCUCGCGAGAAGAUGAGUGAUAGGUUUUCGAAAUUGAGCGAGCUCGCUAGCAGUGGUACCUUCCCCUUUGCAGUCGAGGCCAAGGUUGCCGUCGAAGAACGGUCUCGGAGAUCGGCUCCUCUCAAGGCAGCUUCGGUCUUUAUGGUCACCAACCCAUCGGACUGCCAGGAGCUCGAGAUAGCCAAUGCUGCCCUACGUUCUGGGAGAGCGAAUCAAACGGCCGAGUCGCUCAGAACCUGGCUAAAGGCAAACGAGAAUGAGUUUGGACCUCAACUGACGAUCUUGUUGAGGGAAAGCCCUGAAUCCAGGGAAAGCCUCGGAUCCGGCUGGCAAUCCGUCAACCUUCAGGCUGAGGGAAAGAUGGACCGGACCAUGGUGCUCAUCGGCUACGUCAUUCCCGACAGUGAGAUGCAGAGCGGCGAAGAGACGCCAAAGAUAAGUCAUAUGACUGAUUCUCAGUUGGCUUGA